AUGGAAAGGUUAUUAAACAGUAUAAGGUCCCAAGGAACUGACAGUACAAAGGUGAAAAGUGAUUCAUUUGUCAGUAAUAUUAAUAGUAAUAGCAUAAUUAGUCAAUCAGAAAAGAACACUAAUGAUUGUAAAGAGCAUACAUAUUUUAACGAUGAUUUAGAACUUUCCAAUGAAAGCAAAACAGUUCAUUCCAAUAACGAUAUUAAUAAUGAUAAUAAUGAUAAUGUUCGUAUAGAACAAACUAAUACUGACAAAUUAAAACAGGAUUUAUCAGUUAGACAUUUAGUAUUUUUAGCAGUAGGCGGCAGUAUAGGUACCGGUUUAUUUGUUAACAGUGGACAAGCAUUAACUACGGGCGGUCCAGCCUCGUUAGUCAUUGAUUGGACUAUUAUAAGUACUGCAUUAUUUACGGUCAUGAACGCACUAGGAGAAUUGGCUGCUGUUUAUCCCGUAAAUGGCGGUUUUAAUGUAUAUUUUACAAGAUUUAUUGAACCUUCAUAUGCAUUUGCUGUUGUAAGCAAUUAUGCUCUUCAAUGGUUGGUCUUGCUUCCAUUAGAACUAGUUGCUGCAUCUAUUACUAUUCAAUAUUGGAACAGAACUAUUAACUCCGACGCAUGGGUGGUUAUUUUUUACGUGGCCAUUGUAUUGGCAAAUUUUUUAGAUGUCAAGUCUUUUGGUGAAACCGAAUUUGUGUUGAGUUUAAUUAAAAUUUUAGCGAUAAUCGGAUUCUUCAUAUUGGGUAUAGUAUUGACUUGUGGUGGUGGGCCAACCCACAAAUAUAUUGGAGGUGCAUAUUGGCAUGAUCCCGGUGCUUUUGUUGGUUAUACAAAGGGACACAGAUUUCAAGGUUUGGCCAGUAAUUUUGUGGUUGCUGGUUUUAGCUUCAGUGGAGUAGAAACAUGUUGUUUGGCUGCUGCCGAAAGCAGCAAUCCAAGAAAAACAUUGCCUAGUUCUUCCAAAAAAUCUUUUUGGAUUAUUUCAUUAUCAUAUAUCACUGUAUUGACUUUGGUGGGUUGUUUAGUUCCCUACAAUGACCCAAGGUUACUAAAUGGCUCCAGUUCAGUAGAUGCAGCCGCAUCUCCUUUAGUUAUUGCCAUUGAAAAUGCAAAGAUUAAGGGUUUGCCAUCAUUAAUGAAUGCUAUUAUACUGAUUGCUAUCAUUUCAGUAGCCAAUAGCGCAGUCUAUGCUUGUUCAAGGUCCAUUGCAUCCAUGGCUGAGAUUGGGUAUUGUCCAAAAAUUAUGGGGCAUGUUGAUAAAAAGGGUAGACCAAUUUAUGCUAUUAUCGCAACUUUGAUUUUUGGGUUAUUAUCAUUUGUUGCUGCUAGUGAUAAAGAGUCUGAAGUUUUCACGUGGUUGAGUGCUCUAUCUGGAUUGUCAACAUUAUUUUGCUGGUUAUCUAUUAAUUUAGCACAUGUUAGAUUCCGUUAUGCGAUGAAGGUACAAAAUAAAUCUCUUGAUGAUCUACCCUAUUUAUCUUUGACGGGUGUAUGGGGUUCAGUUUAUGGUAUUUUUAUUAUUAUUUUAAUUUUGAUUGCAUCUUUCUGGACUUCAUUGUUUCCUGUUGGUGGUGAUGGCGCUGAUGCAGAAUCAUUUUUUGAGGGAUACCUAUCAUUUCCUAUUUUAAUUGCAUGUUAUAUUGGACAUAAAAUAUAUUCCAAAAAUUGGAAAUUAUAUGUUAAAGCAGAUGAAAUGGAUCUAGAUAGUGGGAAAAGAGAUGUUGAUCCAGUUGUUUUAAAACACGAAAUUGAAGUUGAAAAGGAGAUAUUAAGACAAAAAUCCUUAUUGGUUAGGCUAUAUCAUACUUGGUGCUGA